AUGAAGGUGGGCACGGCGUACAUGUUAUACUGUGAACAAGAAGAAGCUCAAAUCGUUCAGUAUUCUGAGGAUGGCAGCAAUUGGGAGCUUUCGCACGCUCGCAUGGGGCAUCCCAACCAAGACGCCUUGACUAAGACUCGUCAUGCCACGAACAUCUUUCCGGCAAUUGAUCAACCGACCUAG